UUCUUUUUCAUUCAUUUGAUGUUGCGCUUGUCAAUUGUGCAAAGAAAGAAAAGAAAUAUAUAGUGAAAUAAAAUGCGAGUGAAUUUGAUUUCUCUUUGUGUUUAUCUAAAAUCUUGAAAUUCUUCGGUAAAGUUGACGGGAGUCCCCUAAAUAUAUCUACAGAUUUUUGUAUUCACAACAACUUUUAAUAAUUUAGUGUUGUGUUGAAAAUGGGUGAUGGACAAAGCGAAACGCAACCCUUGCUGAAAGAUGAAGUGAAUGUAAGCGUCAUAUCGCCAAUUGGUCCUGAUGAGUUGCCACCACCGUAUCAUCAGACUGGGCUGCCCAUGGUGACAUGUCGCGUGUGCCAGGCAAUGAUAGACAUUUCAGGGAAAAGAGAGCAACACGUUGUAAAAUGUUCUGAAUGCAAUGAAGCCACGCCUAUUCGGAAUGCCCCUCCAGGGAAAAAGUAUGUGCGUUGUCCUUGUAAUUGUCUACUCAUUUGCAAGACAUCAUCGCAGCGGAUUGCAUGUCCCAGGGCAAAUUGCAAAAGGAUUAUCAACUUGGCACCUUCCCCGGUGACACCACCAGUCCCAACAUUGCCCGGCAUGUGCAGGGUCAUUUGUGCGCACUGUCAGGAUACAUUCUUGUAUCAGCUACUGAAGAACGCGCCAGUACGAUGCCCGCACUGCCGCAAAGUGUCGUCCGUGGGGCACCGCAUGGCUCGAGUUCGUGGGACAGUAUUUGCUGUGCUCUCGCUGAUAUUCCUCGCGAUCGCACUCGGCGUCACCCUGGGAACACUGAAUGCGGCGCAGACGCACGGAGGCGGAGUCUACGUAGCCUAUGUGGGAGCCUUCCUAGUUGCAUUUCUACUAGGUAGCCGAGCUGUCUAUUAUUUUGCCAUGAAAGUAAGCACAAUCGAAGGCCCCAUGUAAGUUCAGAAACCAAUAUAUAUUGUUAUUGUGAUAAAAUUUUUAUGACUAGGGAAUAAUAAUAAUUAAUUUCUCAAUUCCAUAUUUAUAGAAUUAUAACAUAACAUAUAAUUAUUUGGUCUGACAACAAAUUAAUAUAUUUGUAACUUGAAUAUGUUGCAUUAAUAUGUUCAAAAGUAUGUACUGACGACUACACUAUUUCUUGGAGAAUGAACAUAGCAUAGAAAUUAAUAGUGAUAUAAAUACAUAACUUAAUGUUUUAAACCUUUUUUUAAGACAAAACCUAUAAUUAAGAUGCAUACUUACUAGUAUGCUAAUAGUUCUUGUGUUAAAAAUAUAAUAUGUUAUUGCAAGAUAUGUGUGAUAUACAUAUAUUCCCAAUGCAUGUAUUAUGGAUCUUUUUUGAAAUGAGGUUAAAAUAAGAGCCAAGAAGAUGGAAUAGCAGAUUAUGUCAUCUUGCAUUGUGAAUGCAGCAAUUCUUUAAUUCUUCUAAAACCCAAACAGGCAUGUUUUCAAAACGUCAUAUCAUUUGUUUUGGUCCUUUAUUAAUUAUUAACCUUUGUAAAUUGAUAAGCUAUUUAGUUUCCGGCAAUGUGGAACGGGACCUUUUUUCCUAUAGGUGUUGUAGGAGGCGACUUAAGGAAAAAGGCAAUAAUAUCUAGUGCAUGCACUAGAUAUUAUUGCCUUUUUCCUGCCCCAAACGGAUAAGUGUUCAAAUGGAAAGUUGGUAAUUGAUUUGACAAUGUUUAUAAAGUUCUACUUUGUUUCUACCUAUAUUAAAAAUGAUUGUUUUCUAUACAUUCUAAAAUAAGCAAUGAUUAAAAGAUAAAAGCUGAACGUUGGAAGUAAAUAUUGGAAGUUCAGAUAAGAAAUUACCAAGUUCUUUUUUUUCAUUAGAUUCAUUUGAAAUAUCGUAUUCAAUUAAACAAACAGCUUUGUAAUAUUAUAUUAAUUGAUUUAUUUAACGGUUAGUUAGGUAGUCGCAAGCAUUUAAGCAUAGUAAAUUAAAAUUACUGUCACACACAUUCUUCCUUCAAGAUUAUAAAAAUGCAAUAAUUACGAAUUUACAACCGAUUUUUAUGGGUAUAUUAUUUGCUCAAGUAUAAAACAGUUAUUUACGGACAUAUUUUCUCGCUUGUCAGACCUUGUGUUUCGUAAUAUUAUAACCUAGUAUGAGGCGACAUUUAUUUAUCUUUGUUAAUUCAACAAACCAACGUUGCAUUGACAUUAAUGCAAAAUUAUGUGUGGUGGUUAUGUCAAAAUCUGUUAUACUUAUUUAAAGCCUGUUAAAGAUGAUGCAAGUUAUUUUCUGUUCAUUCAGGAGUCAGCCUUCUCAUAGUUGCGUUAACAAUAAUAAACUGUCAUAGGUUAAACAUUGUAAGGAAUACUAACACUUAAAUUAGCAAGUAAAUUAUGAAUGACACAUCUUCAAGUUAUUUGUAAUUUUAUUAUAUCUAUUAUCUGAAUGCUAUGUUAACCGCUAAAGCAAUACAUAGCCUUGUGCCUAUUGUAAUCGAUAUACUCUUUAAACGUGUUAAGGGGCUAGUCUGUUAUUAGUUUGUUUUAUUUGAAGUAUUUUACUUUUCGUUAAAAUUACAUUUAGUUAGUUUUUAUUUGUAAUAGCGGUGUUGAGUGCAUGAAAAAAUUAAUCGAAAUUUGGUAAAAUACAUAAAACGUACCUAUUUGGUUUCGUAGUUUAAAUGGUUUACUCCCACAGUUUCGGCUUACUAUUAAGAUUAAUGUUCUAUUCACAUGUAUAACAGUGUGGCGCUCCGAAGUCUGGCCACAAACUGGUCGUGGACGCUAGAAUAACAGUCAAAAUGUAUUAAGUGACUAUACACGACUUAAGGGAUCCCACACUUUUACGCGUCGCUAAAACCCGCUUUAAUGUAAUUAUAAUUUUGUGGGUAAUUAUUGCCUUUAAAUACAAAUACUUAACAGUGGGAGUGUUACAUCCUCAUCAUUACCACGCAACUCAUUUUACAGUGACUCAGUUGUGAUUGUGAUUUGUAACCUCCGGGAUUAAUCUUUCGGCGGUACUGGUUUCUAUAUAAUGUCAUGGUGUUUCUCGCAUUCGUAACCCCAGACUACGUGACUAACAUAGGGGUUACAAAAGAGUGCAAUUAAUAUUGUCCAAAUAGGUAAGUACUUUAACGUGCAUGUAUAGUUGGACACAAUCAUUAAUUGGCUACACUAUUAAGAGUGCUAACCUGAUUAAAGUAUCUCAAUGCAGUUGUUUCGACCACUUUUAGACUUAGAAUUUGUUUAAACACAUUGGAUCAAUCAGCUAAUGAAAUGAUGAAUCACUAACGGUAUUAAAUUGGAACUUUCAUGAAAUUUCUAGAACAGGAGGAAAUGCCGCCCCUUCGAAUUGUAAUAUUAUUUUUUAUUUUAGAUGUGAUAAUUUUAUUUUGUAUUUGUUUCUAACUAUUAUUGUUUUAAACAUUCUGUGAAACUAAGACUUAAAACAUUUAGACCAUUUAUAUUCAGUAUGUAAAAUUUUUGUAGAUUAUCAUGUAUUAUAUUUUCAUGAAAUGUUAGGCUUUACACAUGUAUUUUUAGAUUUUAAGGUAAUAAAAUUGUAUCUAUUAAAAAUAUGUA